GUGACAUUUGCUUUGCUAAAGAUAAAAUACUACACCCAUGCCACCACCCACCCUAAUCAAGAUAUUUUCUUUCAACUCAGAACUCCGGCGUUUGGCUCUACUCGUAAAACACUUCGAAUCGUAGGAAUUUGAAGAAUCGGUUAGAUAAUUAUUGUUACCGAGAUCGGAUUUAGAAGAUGGCGGCGUUGACAGACAUUCUUCCAAAGGCGAAAUCUUCGGCUAAUAGUAAUUAUGAUCACUCUAACGAUCCCUGGUUUAAAAGCCGCUAUAGUUUAUCUGAGGUGGAGGAGGAAUCUGUGGCUCUGAAAGCUAAGCCAGUGCCUCCUUAUUUGAAACGGGCAGGGUUUAAGCCGUCGAAGCCUGAGGAUUUUGGGGAUGGAGGGGCUUUUCCUGAGAUUCAUUAUGCGCAGUAUCCGCUUGGGAUGGGGAGGAGUAAGAACAAGCCUGGUGCAAAGACUUUGCCUCUCACUGUGGACGAGCGUGGCAAUUUGAGAUACGAUACGAUUGUGAGGCAGGAUGAGAAUGCAAAGAAGAUAGUGUAUUCGCAGCACUCAGAUCUUGUUCCAGUCUUUGCCAAGGAUGGAACCAAAGAGGAUGACAUGGAUGUUGAUGAGAAGCAGAAGGAGAUUGAUGAGACAACGCAACAAACUAAGGCUGCUUUGGAGCAGAUUGUGAAUGUUAGGUUGAGUGCUGCACAGCCAAAAAAUGUUCCUAAAACGUCCACGGAUUCUAAGUUCAUCAAGUAUAAGCCGUCUCAGCAGUCGGCAGCUUUUAAUUCAGGUGCUAAGGAGAGAAUCAUUCGCAUGGUGGAAAUGCCUGUAGACCCUCUAGAGCCUCCGAAGUUCAAGCACAAGAGAGUUCCAAAGGCUUCGGGUUCUCCUCCUGUCCCGGUCAUGCAUUCUCCGCCUCGGCCUGUGACUGUGAAGGACCAGCAGGACUGGAAAAUCCCACCUUGCAUAUCCAACUGGAAGAACCCUAAAGGGUAUACAAUUCCCCUCGACAAGCGGCUUGCUGCUGAUGGCCGAGGGCUGCAGGAGGUUCAGAUUAAUGAUAAUUUUGCGAAGUUAUCUGAGGCUUUAUACGUUGCAGAACAGAAAGCUAGAGAGGCUGUUGCAGUACGGUCUAAGGUUCAAAAGGAGAUGAUGAUGAAGGAAAAGGAGAAGAAAGAGAUGGAACUACGGGUGCUUGCACAAAAGGCAAGAUCUGAGAGAACUGGUGUGGCUUCAGCAGGUGGAAUAUCAAUGCCUUCUGAGAGGGCUGCUAAUGAUGUUGAUAUGAGUGUGGAUUAUGAGAGGGGUAGAGAGGAAAGAGUUAGAGAGGAAAGGGUUAGGGAUGGCCCAAAGGAAACGAAAGAAGAGAAAGAGGAUAGGUUGCGAAGGGAAAAAAUUCGUGAGGAGCGGCGAAGAGAGAGAGAGAGGGAAAGGAGACUUGAGGCAAAAGAUGCUGCCAUGGGGAAGAAGAGCAAGAUUACCCGGGAUAGAGACCGUGAUAUCAGUGAGAAGGUGGCUCUUGGGAUGGCCAACACAGGAGCAAGAGGGGGUGAAGUUAUGUAUGAUCAGAGGCUGUUCAACCAAGAGAAAGGGAUGGAUUCUGGUUUUGCUACGGAUGAUGCUUACAACAUCUACGACAAGGGCCUAUUUACUACUCAAUCUGCUUUGACUACUUUGUACAAGCCUAAGAAAGAUGGCGAUGAUGAGAUGUAUGGUGGCGCUGAAGAGCAGCUGGAUAAGAUAAAGAAGACUGAGCGCUUCAAGGUUGACAGGGCAUUCACGGGUACAUCCGAGAGGUCUGGUCCAAGAGACAGACCCGUUGAGUUUGACAAGGAGCAACCUGAAGAAGAUCCCUUCGGUCUUGACCAAUUCUUGACAGAGGUUAAGACUGGUAAGAAAGCCAUCGACAAAAUUGGGAGCGGAGGUACCUUGAAGGCGAGUGCUGGAUCCAUGCGAGAUGGCUCAGACGGAUCUACCAGAUCGCGUAUUCAAUUCGAUAAAGGGGGACGUUGAGGAGGUAGAUUACCUUUACCUUAUUCCCGAGCUUCUUCUGAUUACUCAGAUCUUUGCUGUUAAAAUUCGGAAUGCUAAAGCUGUGCCAUGUUGUUCUACUACUGUUUUAUGCAUGAUGGGAUGUUGUAGCUUGUUGCACUUAAAUACUCCAUUUGUAUUUUGUUAUGAUUGCCAUUAUAUGCUUUGACCAAA